CCUCCAAGUGCACUUUGUUCUAAUCAAGAUAGAACUCAAUAGUUUUUGUUUUGUUUUUGUGGACGUCUACGCGCUGAUAAGCCUGAUAUCCCAUUUCGUGUCUAAGAGGGGAUAGUGUGCAUGCACACUAAGCUCUUCGCAGAAUCGACAACGCUUCUACGUCGUUCGGUGCAUUUCCUGACGCCAAUCGUUCCGGUAACGCCAAAGCAAGACCUCGACUAAUCGUGAGCAAUCAACGUUCCAGGCUUGUAACGAAAUCGAAUGACGCACUUGGAGUGUUCAUCAUAAACGCUGGUGUGUUCCCGAAAAAAGACAAAAAACAGAGAUGCUGGUCAUCGUUGCCUUGUUUACCGUACUGAUCAUUCUGGGAAUCAAGCUCUUAAGAUGGAGACAGAAAACCUUUUCUUACUUCAAAGACAUUGGAAUUCCUGGACCUAAACCAAACCUGCUUUGGGGAAACCUGAGGGAAUACCAUGAAAAGGAGUUAAUACAGGCUGUGAAAAAAUGGUGCAAGCAAUAUGGUGACAUAUUCGGCUUCUACAAUGGAGAUGUUCCAAUGCUCGUGGUGCGUGACCUUGAGUUUCAGAAGUACGUCUUUGUCAAAAACUUCUCCAACUUUACUGGCCGUGGCGUUACUAUGAGAACCGACGAGAUGCACCCAAUUGUUGGCCGAGGUUUGAUUCACACGAAGGGCUCCGAGUGGAAGAGCAUGCGCUCCUGCGUCACGUCAAGUUUCACCAGGCUGAAGCUCAAGCAGAUGAUGGACCACAUCGCUGAAGGUGGCGACGUUUUCAUGGACGUCCUGGGCGAGUUAGCCGACCAGGGCAAAGAGAUAAACAUGCUGAAGACGUUCCAGAGUCUCACGAUGGACUACGUCGGUCGCGCAGCGUUCGGAAUCGACACCUGUUUUCAGAAGGACCCGAACAAUCCAUUUCUCAUCACGGCGCAGCGAACACUGAGGGAAGUCAUGAUCGGACCCUUUCACAUGCUGGCCCACUGCACAACCUCGUUUGGCCGUCUGGCUGCUCCAGUUCUUUGGUUGAGCAGGAUCUUUGGGAGCUUCUCAUUUCACACUUUCAGCGAACAUACGGCGAAUGUGAUUGAGAUGCGUAAAAAAAAUCCAGAGCUAGGAAGAAACGACAUGCUCCAGAAUCUCAUCGACGCGGAGUAUGAGGAUCUGACAUCUACCCAGAUGUCCUCGGGUGAUGCAACAAAUGCAGGUGUAAAAGGCGUUCGGAAGACCAGGGCAUUAUCUUCGGAAGAAGUAAUCAUGAACUCGACUGUAUUAUUCAUUGGAGGCUUCGAGACAAGUGCAACUUCCCUGUCUUUCAUUACGUUCGCUCUCGGCAAGUACCCGGACGUCCAGGAGAAGGUUAGGCAGGAAGUGAAGAAGGUGCUCAACGAGGGUGGGUCGCUGGACUAUGAGACUGUUACGCAAAAACUAAAGUACGUGAUACAGGUUAUCAAUGAGACAAUGCGGAUGUGGCCACCCGGACUCACGUUUACCACGAGGCAGGCAAUGGAAGAUUUUGAGUACCAGGGUAUCAAAUACAAGGCCGGAACUUGCAUCAUGUCUCCAGUGGCCGUGAUGCACAUGGACGAGAGGUUUUUUCCGGAUCCCACAAAGUUUGACCCGGACAGGUUUAGCGAGGAGAACGAAGGCAAUAUUCCGAAGUUGGCUUUCCAGCCUUUUGGAGUGGGACCUCGAAAUUGCCUGGGACUCAGGCUUGCUUAUCUCCUGCUCGCCUACACUGUUGCUAGGAUGGUGCAGAACUUCCGUUGGGAACUCGGAGAAUCUCAGAAGGGAGAAAUGCCUCUUGGACAGUACGGCAUGGUGGCGACGCCGGGAAGAGGACCUUGGAUUGUCUUCCACAGAUUAUGAACGCAACAGCCAGCCCAACAAUACACACCUUUCUCCGUUGCGUCUAUGCGCCAGAAUUAGCCGAUUGGCUGAAGAUGCACGUUACGGGAUUGUGUCACCUUACGGCGCAGCAUCGGCGAAGCUGAUGAGACCGAGCCAUAGAUUCGAACCGGACUGGACAAUACCCGCCACGGCCAGCGGCGCUUAAGGACAACCUUAGAGGAGCUCCUUUACUGCCUUUUCUUAUGUUGUGACAAUAAAAUUGUUUUCGUGCAA